AUGCAUGUCAUGCUCCUGCGUAUGGGUACGGUGCUGCCUACCACUGACAUGUGCAUGGAGCUCCUGGACACGGAGAUCCUGGACACGGAGCUCCUGAACAUGUGCAUGGAGCUCCUGGACAUGGAGCUCCUGGACAAGUGCAGGGACCGUUCUGGAGCUGUCCCCGUGCAUGACGGCACCCCGCUCAGCGAGCUCUCCUGGUCCUCCUCGCUGGCCGUCGUGGCCGUCUCCUUCUCCGGCCUCUUCACCUUCAUCUUCCUCAUGCUGGCCUGCUUGUGCUGCAAGAAGGGCGACAUCGGCUUCAAGGUGAGGGCGGCGCGGGCCCUCCCUGCCGGUUCCUCGCGUGUCCCGUCGGGAUGCCGGGGUGCCGGCACCUUCCCGGCAGUGCCGGUGACACUGGAGAGGACGCGUGUGCCUGGCCCGCAGGUGUUCCUGGGGGAGGUGAACUCGGGCAUCAGCAGCACGCAGGUGGUGGUGAAGGAGCUGAAGGCGAGUGCCAGCGUGCAGGAGCUGCUGCAGUUCCUGGAGGAACACACCAACCUGCUGCAGUGCCUGGCCCAGUGCGCCGAGGUCACCCCGUACCUGCUGGUCAUGGAGUUCUGCCCACUGGGAUGGGGGAAGAGGCUGCGGGCCCAGAGGGGGCUUAGGAGGAGGAGACGGUGGGAAGGGGCAGGGAGGAGGAAGGGUGGACAUUCUCUUCUCGUACUGACCCUGCAUACUUGGCAGGACGACUACUUCGUGACGGCCGACCAGCUGUGGGUGCCGCUGCGCUGGAUCGCGCCCGAGCUCAUCGACGAGGUCCACGGCAACCCGCUCAUCGUCGACCAAACCAAAUCCAGCAACGUCUGGUCGCUGGGUGUCACCAUCUGGGAGCUCUUUGAGCUGGGUAACCAGCCCUACGACCACUACUCCGACCGGCAAGUGCUCGCCUACGCCAUCAAGGAGCAGCAGCUCAAGCUGCCCAAGCCCCAGCUGAAGCUGACGCUGUCGGAGCGCUGGUACGAGGUGAUGCAGUUCUGCUGGCUGCAGCCCGAGCAGCGCCCCACGGCAGAGGAGAACAACGAGUCGCCUGAGUUUGUCCUCAAGGAGCCCCAUGAGCCCCGCGAGCCUGAGGGCUUCGUCCCGCCAGCGCCGGGCGGGCAAGGGGACGGGCCGGACGCUGAGACGCGGCUGCCCGCGGUGCCGGGCACCAAGAGCCCCUGCCGCGACUCGGCCUAUUUCUCUGACUGCGACGCUGAGGCCGAGCGUGGCCCCGAGGACAGUGAUGGUGGCCCAGGCACAGGACAGGCCCCUGGGGAGGUGGAAGAGCCGCCAGCGCCGCCCCCAGGGCCACCGUGGAGGAUGGCAGGGGGCAAUGUGGAGCCGGCACUAGGCCUCUCCCCGAGCCCCACGGAGGAUGCGUGUCCCUCUAAGACCUUCUUCCCAUCCCCAGCGGCCACCAGCAUUGAGGACGAGGUGGCCCAGGGCCCGGCUGUGUCCCAUGGUGUCUGUGGACUAGGGGGAAGCCAGGAGGGGGCUGAGCAGACUGUGUGCCCCGGGCCGGGCAGCGGGCACCGCGAGGAGCCGGAGGAGGAGGAGGAGGACACGGAGGACAGCGACGAGUCGGACGAGGAGCUGCGCUGUUACAAUGUGCAGGAGCAGAGCGAGGAGAGCGAGGAGGAGCCGGCCGCUGUGCCCAUCGUGGUGGCCGAGAGCCACAGCGCCCGCAACCUGCGGAGCCUCCUCAAGAUGCCCAGCCUGCUCUCGGCCUCCUUCUGCGAGGACCUGGAGCGCAAGAAGAAGGCCGUGUCCUUCUUCGACGACGUCACCAUCUACCUCUUCGACCAGGAAAGCCCCACGCGGGAGCUGGGGGAGCAGAGCUUCCCGGACGGCCCCGGCCAGCCCCCGGCCGGCGGCGGCCCUGACAGCCCGGCGGAGAGGCUGAGCGCCCCAAACGCCUCCUCGGACGGCAGCGCCUCCGAAGAGAGUGGCGGCUUCGAGUGGGAUGACGACUUCCCGCUCAUGCCGGGGAAGGCGUCCCUGAUGUCCUCGCUGGCGGGGACGCCGGCGGAGCCCGUCCCGGCCGUUCCCUCGCUACGCCGGGGCGUGCGGCUCCAGUUCUCCCGCUUCACCGUCUCGCCGGCCCCCGUCUCCCGCUUCUCCAUCACUCACGUCUCCGACUCGGACAUGGACUCCGUGGGGGGCAGCAGGGAGGAUGGCUGCAGGGAAUGA